AUGUCCCUGGCGGAAGGCGUCUCCGACACAGAACAUAGAGUAGACGAGGACAAGCAAGACAAAACUGAUAAAAGACAGAUGUCAGAUUCUUACAUGUGGAAGGAGCAGAUCCACACGUUAAUGAAGGGAGGGGAGAGUGAGUCCGACAUAUCGGACUCAGAGCACUUCCUCACUAAGGGAGCCUUCCUCCUCACGCCCUCUCACGGCCUCAGCAUGGAGAAAGCAUCCACCAUCUGCGAGAAGAUGGAGUUCAAAGGCUGCUUCUCUCUCACCAAGACAGCCACUGGUAUACUCUUCAAGUUCUCUCAUGUUGAUGACUACCAGAUGGUCUUCAAGAAAGGAUUCCAUAAAGUUACUGGAUCCAGGUUCUAUAGGAAGAUCGCGAUACCGUGCCGUCCUCAGAAGACGUUCACUAUCUACGUGUACGAUGUACCCGACGAGGUGCCGGAGGAGGACGUCCGUCAUGCCCUCUACAAGUUCACCUCCGUCGUGGAGGUGCUGCGUUUGCAUCUCGCCGGCUCGCCACGAGAGGGCAACACUGGCACAUCGACUCCAAAACCAUCAGAAAAGACACCAACUCGUGCGCUUACAACAAUCGACGGCGAGCUGGUUAGCAGUAUGAUACCGAAGGAAGCGACCUGCGUCAUCCGCGUGACCCUCGCCAGCAUCGAGGAGGCCAACAUCCUGUUGCAGAACGGCCUCGACUUCUACGGUGCGACCUUCUUCCCGACAGAACUGGCUACACCUGCACAGGCCGCUAAGCUGAUCAAACCCAGCAGAGCGUAUCGUUCCAGAGUGUCGGGAGGCAGUGUGUCUGCCAGGGUCAGGGACCUGCUGCCGGUUUUCGACCAGCAAGGGUUCUCAAAGUUCGCACCGCCCGCAUCAAGGCUCGUUAAACCGCGAGCCAAGUAAACCCAUAGUAAUUUAAACUCUUUUUCACUAAACAGCAAGUCGCAAACAAUUCGUAAAGUGCAAAUUAAAAUAAUACCUUAUAUUGAUUAUAGAAAUGACACGUUAGUGGAAAAGAGUCUUAAACUAAAAGUAAAACUUCGCUCUAUGGUUAAGGUUUUUUCAUUUUUGCUGGAAAAUGUAUGGAUUUAUUAAUUGGAAUUAAGAUGUCAGUGUAACUAAAUAACUUACAAGCGAAGUUUUACUUCUGUAGUUUCAUUUUAUGUUACCUUUCAUGUUACCUAAAUAUUUAAUAAAUUCUCCUGUUCAUGUACUUAAUUAUAACUUAACAUCUUAUGUGAACUAAGUUACUGGGUAUAAAGGAAAUAAAUGCUUAUUGUGC